CGGGGGAGGUAUUCGAGAAAAGGACGCCGGUCUCGCGGAGGCUUUGCGAGAGCUUUAAGGCGGCUUAGUGGGGAGGACAUCAUCCGCAACGCCGGCUAAGAAACAUGGAGCUAGUUGCCAUGACGCUGCGGCCUGGCUUGUGCCGGGCGACAGCCCUACUAGUUCUUUUGCUCGUGACGAUAGUGAACGCGAAUAGAAAGUGUGGAGGUUGUUCGAAUCCCUACAAAGAUUGGAAAUGCGAUUGUUCGGGGAUAAAAGGAACUCCUGGGCUCGAAGGUAUUCACGGAGCUCCUGCUAGAUCUGGAGAUUAUGGUGAUCCAGGUUAUCCGGGACCACCAGGACCAAAAGGAGAAAAAGGAUCUGAUGGAGAAUACGGAAUUUUUGGAGAUAAAGGACCUAGGGGAGACGAAGGACCUCCAGGACUACAAGGAAUAUCAGGCCGACCAGGAGAACAAGGAGAAGUUGGUGUUAGAGGUUCACCGGGUCUAGACGGUUUCGAUGGAGCAGAUGGAGCACCUGGUGUAUCAGGUAGAUCAGGACGACCAGGUCAACGCGGUUCUCCAGGUCCCGAUGGUGCCCAAGGAUUAUCCGGAGAAGCAGGAGACGGAGGAGGAAAUUCCAUUGGGGUGAAAGGAGAAAUGGGUAUAGCUGGAGUAGAUGGCUUUCAAGGUAUUAACGGUUUUCAAGGUCCCAGAGGAUCUAUGGGUUACCGCGGUUCACCAGGUUUUCCAGGACUUACGGGUGAGGCGGGACCUAAAGGAGUGCAGGGAGACGCAGGAGACACCAGAUAUGGUGGGCCGGGUCAACGUGGUAGUGAUGGAGACCAAGGGCCAAAAGGAGAAAAGGGUGAAGGGUUUGCCAAAGGAGAUUGGAAUCAGGAACCGAUUCGUUACCAUUUGAAGGGAGAACCAGGAGAAAAGGGUCAGAAGGGUGAAAUGGGAGAAUGGGGAGUCAAAGGUCGCAUGGGAGAUCAUGGUCAACCUGGUAUACCCGGACGUAAAGGAGAAACUGGUUUCAAAGGAGAUCCUGGUGAAGAUGGACCAUUUGGAAAGCAGGGCCGUCCAGGUCCUCUCGGACCACCGGGUGAAAAAGGAGAUAAAGGAGCACCUGGAUACGAGGGAGACUAUGGCCGAGAUGGAUCUAAAGGAUGGCCUGGAGAACCAGGACGACAAGGUUUUCCAGGUGAACAAGGUAAAGAGGGACCACCAGGUAUAUAUGAUCCUACUUAUGACGAACCAGCAAAAAUUGGAAGCCCAGGUAGGCAAGGACCUGAAGGAUAUCCUGGGGAUAUAGGUAUGUCUGGAAUUCCCGGACGACAAGGAAGUCCAGGACCGUUAGGGGAACCAGGAAAGCCAGGACCACCAGGAAGACCCGGUUUACCCGGGCUUAAGGGAUUAAGUAUUAAAGGAGAACGAGGUCCAGAUGGGCUACAAGGACGACCAGGCAACACAGGCCCUCCUGGAGAACCGGGUUUAGUAGGACCAUUUGGAGAAAAAGGUUUUAAAGGAGAAACAGUAUAUGGACCUACAGGAGCUGCGGGUAUUCCAGGUCUCCCAGGAUACGACGGACCACCGGGAGAAAGAGGAAGUACUGGAGACCGAGGAUUAAAAGGAUAUCCCGGAGUUGGCCCACCAAUUCAAGGACCCCCAGGUGAACCAGGCGCACGUGGAUCUCCUGGAUUUUCCGGUGACCCGGGUUAUCAGGGUAUGAACGGAUUCCCUGGAUUAAAAGGAAGGCGUGGUGACGAUUGUGGAGUAUGUAGACCAGGACUGCCAGGACAAAAAGGAGAUAAGGGUGAUGGUGGUCGAUUCGGUCGACCUGGAUUCACGGGAUACCAGGGAUUACCAGGUCCCCGUGGACCUAAAGGACUAGAUGGCCUACCGGGUCCCGCAGGAAAGGAAGGAUUAGAUGGAUCACCAGGAUCGGAUGGUCUGGAAGGUGUUCCAGGUCCACCAGGUAACCCGGGUAUACUCAUAUAUCCUGCAGGCAAUCUCAUAAAAGCAGAUGAAGCUGAAAUCGGAGAUGCUGGUUACCCAGGAAUUACAGGACCAGAAGGACCUCCUGGUCCAAAAGGUCCAUUUGGCGAAGAGGGAUUCAUUGGUUUUAAAGGAGAACGGGGAGAUGUUGGUGAAAGUGGAAAUCCUGGUAGAGAUGGAUUGGCUGGAUUAAAUGGUUUGCCGGGAGAGAAAGGGGAACCGACUUCUGCAACCAAGGAAGAGCUGAGGGGAUUUACCGGACUGAAAGGUGUAGCAGGUAGAAAAGGUGAACCUGGUAGGCCAGGGGCGAGAGGUAUUGAAGGUACAAUAGCUGGAAGUCUCCAGAGGAAUAGAGGUGACAGAGGAAUUGUAGGAGAUUUUGGAGAGCCAGGAUAUGAGGGUAGGCCAGGAGAAAAAGGCUUUAUGGGUUCUCCGGGUUGGCCAGGUCUUCCAGGUCCAGCAGGAGAACAAGGUGUAUCGUACGUAGGGCCUCAAGGUUUGAAAGGAUAUCCAGGAAUUGCGGGAGAUCAUGGUUUUUCUGGAAGUCCUGGUGAACCAGGUAAUAGAGGACUUGAUGGUAUACCAGGUUUAGAAGGACCUAAGGGAGAUAGAGGUGAUAACGGACGGCCAAUUUUAUAUGGAGAUAUGGGAUACCCUGGACCUAAAGGCAUAAAAGGUUUAGCAGGCGACUUUGGACCAGCUGGACGAUCUGGUCUAUCUGGUAUACCUGGACCUAAAGGAGAAAGAGGUCCCAAAGGAGCUCCGGGAUAUUAUGGAUCACCUGGUUUGCCUGGACUUAAAGGUCAAAGAGGAUCCGUAAUUCCUGGUGCGCCAGGUAGAAUGGGAGCUCCAGGACAACCUGGAGCCAAAGGUCAAUACGGAGAUAUUGGAGAGUCAGGAGAAGAUGGAAAUCCUGGACAAGACGGAUUAUAUGGAGCCAAAGGAGAACCAGGUUUCAUGGGACCAAGGGGAUCUCCCGGAGACGCAGGUCCAGUCGGAUACCCUGGACACAGGGGAGCAAAUGGUUUUCCCGGUUCACCAGGUGCACAAGGAAAUCGAGGUGAUUUGGGUCUCAGAGGUCCAGCGGGUCCUUCAGGUCCGAAAGGAUUAGUCGGUCCUUUCGGUUCAAAAGGGGAGCGUGGUAAUGUAGGACCAGCAGGUGGAGUAGGUUUUUCAGGACAAAAAGGUUUACCAGGACCAAUUGGAGAUAUUGGUGUACCUGGAUGGUCAGGAGAGAAGGGAGAAUCUGCGGUUAGUGGACAACAGGGAGAUCAAGGAGAACCUGGCAUACCUGGACAACGAGGUUACCCUGGAAGGGAUGGUUUGCCAGGCAUACGUGGGCAACCUGGAGAGCCGGGUAUCGAUGUAGUAGGAUAUGCUGGAUCUAAAGGCGAACGAGGUCAAACAGGACCAAACGGUUAUAAUGGUAGGCCAGGAAUUAAAGGAAAACAAGGUGAUCAUGGAGGUGUAGGCUACUCAGGUGCAAGAGGUGACAAGGGAUCCAGUGGUCUCGCAGGAAGAUCGGGACUCGUUGGAUUAGCUGGCUUCAAAGGAGAGCGUGGUGACGUGGGUUUUUCUGGAGUUAACGGUACUAAGGGAGAAAGAGGUAUGGACGGGUUUAACGGACGUGCAGGAAGACCUGGUGCACCAGGAGAUAUGGGUUAUCCAGGAAUGAUAGGAAUGCCUGGUGUCAGAGGUCAAAAAGGUAACAGAGGUCCAGCCGGUCGUCAAGCUUUUGGUAUUGCAGAAAAAGGAGAUAUUGGUGACUAUGGCAUGACUGGAAUUCAGGGUCUAAAAGGUAUUCAAGGAGAUAUAGGAUAUCCAGGGCCAACAGGUUCAAGAGGUGAAGUUGGUGCGAUUGGUUUACCAGGCUUAUCAGGAGAACCAGGUUAUCCCGGUCUCCCAGGCGAUAGAGGAGACAUUGGUUUUGAAGGUGCGCCAGGUAUACCUGGACAAAACGCAGAACCAGGGGAAAGAGGGCGGCCUGGAUUCGAUGGUAGUCCCGGACGUCCCGGUUUUCCUGGACAAAAAGGUGCUCCUGGAAAAUUCGGACCUGAUGGACAAAUGGGACGAGCUGGUUUACCGGGAUUAUCAUUAAAUGGUGUCAAAGGAGAAAGAGGAGAUUUUGGUUUGAUGGGAUUCCCAGGAUUACCUGGAUCCGAAGGAAGACCCGGUGUCAUAGGAAAAAGAGGUCGACCUGGAGCACCUGGAGUUAGAGGUGAACCUGGCUAUUCUGCUUAUAGUGCUAAGGGAGAACAAGGUGAUGUUGGAUUUAGAGGUGCGCCAGGAUUCAACGGAACGAAAGGAGAGCGCGGUACUGCUGGACUCGAUGGUUUAUCUGGACCUACAGGUCCUUCUGGACUUAAAGGAAUGAUGGGCAUGUUUGGAUUCGAAGGCCAGAACGGAUUUCCCGGAUUAAGAGGACAAAAGGGAGAACCAGGUGACUAUGCUAUUGAUGCACAACCAGGUGAACUGGGUGACAUUGGUUUACCAGGAAUGGACGGUUCUAGAGGAUUACAAGGAUUACCAGGCCGGGGUGGGGCACCAGGAAUACGUGGUGCGAUGGGUGAUAGAGGUGACACUGGUCUUGCUGGUCUUCCUGGUUUAAACGGUCCUAAAGGAAUGAGAGGAAUGCCAGGUUUCAAUGGUCGUGUCGGUGUUAAAGGUUACAGAGGUGCUAAGGGAGAACGUGGUGAACCCGCUCCACAAUAUUUAGGACCUCAGAGCAGAGGAUUCCACUUCACAAGGCAUUCUCAAUCAGAAAUCGUACCCGUUUGUCCAAAAAAUACUGUCAAAAUGUGGGACGGUUAUUCGUUAUUGCAUAUUAUGGGGAACGAAAGAUCUCAUGGCCAAGAUUUAGGGGCCCCAGGAAGUUGCCUAAGAAAAUUCAAUACCAUGCCUUUCCUGUUCUGUAACAUUAACGAUGUCUGCGAUUAUGCCCAGAGCAACGAAUACAGUUACUGGUUGUCCACCACUGAACCUGUACCAAUGACGAUGACACCCAUUGCCGCUCAAAAUGUCCAAAGAUACAUUUCAAGGUGUUCUGUUUGUGAAGCGCCUACCAGAGUAGUUGCAGUUCAUAGUCAAGCUACGGAAAUUCCUCAGUGUCCUCAAGGUUGGGAAGAAUUGUGGGUCGGAUACAGUUUUCUGAUGCACACAGACGCUGGAGCAGAAGGUUCAGGCCAAUCUCUAGUGUCCCCAGGUUCAUGUCUGGAAGAAUUCAGACCUAAACCCUUCCUCGAGUGUCACGGCCAUGGAACCUGCAACUACUACACAACAGCCGUUUCGUAUUGGCUCGCCACGAUCGAGAACUACUCAAUGUUCCGCAAACCCAGACCGGAGACUCUGAAGGCUGGUUCACUGACACAGAAAAUCAGUAGGUGCUCAGUUUGUAUUAAACGCAGGAUCGACUCAAGACGACCCAACCAACCUGUACCUGAAGUACCUAGCGAAAUUAACCAACCUUAUAGGUCCCCUGGUAACAGACCAACAUAUCAACCAUCAUAUCCAUCAUCAUCUGGAUCGUCAUCAGGUUCAUACACUGGCUCACAAUACAGAUCGUCUUCUGGAUCACAAUAUGGCGGUUCUGGAUCACAAUAUGGUGGUUCUUCUGGAUCACAAUAUGGUGGUUCUUCUGGAUCACAAUAUGGCGGUUCUUCUGGAUCACAAUAUGGCGGUUCUGGAUCACAAUAUGGCGGUUCUUCUGGAUCACAAUAUGGCGGUUCUUCUGGAUCACAAUAUGGCGGUUCUGGAUCACAAUAUGGCGGUUCUUCUGGAUCACAAUAUGGCGGUUCUUCUGGAUCACAAUAUGGCGGUUCCUCUGGAUCACAAUAUGGUGGCUCUUCUGGAUCCCAAUCAUCACCGGGAUCACCGUACGGAACAUCUUCCGCAAGUUCCCCGUACGGACCUUCAUACGGAUCUUCUUCAGCGGGAUCGUCAUCAAGUUCAGGCAGGCAAUACCCUCCGUACUACCAACCGGGCACCGGUCGUUCAGCUGCUGAGAAUUCAACGAGUACUUCGCAACGUAGAGCGCAUAGACCAGUCGGCUACAGACCUCAGAAUCCUCCACCCGGCUUUAUAAGUCCUACUGGUACCGCCAAUCCAAAUCUUAGAAAUCUCAACAACCCCCCCAGAACGAGAGUUCGCAACGGUACACAGUACAGAAGAAGGAGGCCAAACUAUGCUAGACUCCAAAAUUCAUCAACACAGUGACGCACUUGAUGUGCCAUAGAUUUCUAAUGUAACUUUAUUGUAAUUAAUGUACAGUAUAUAAUAUAAGAAAAUAGUAGCUUAUAUAAAGCUUUAAACGACUUGUGAUUCCUAUAUCGCUGUAUGUAAGCCGCUGUUGAAAGUAUAGAUAUAUUUAACAAAUUUUUUAGUUGUAAUUUCGCGAGAAAUGUAAAGAACGUAAAAAAUCGACUAAAAGAUGACCAAGCAUAGCUUGAUCUAUGGUGUUAUGUAGCCAACGUUUUAAUUUGGUGCCAUACUUUUACACUUUAAAUAAAUUUGUAUUUUUGUUUAAGCUUACGACAAUAACUUGUGAUUCCCUUUGUGUGUCAUAUUUUAGAUCUUAAGCACUGCCAAAAAUAGAUUGUUAAUAAAUAAAAGUAAAUAAACGCCAUUUAUGUA